UUUCUUUUUCUCUCUUUUUUAUUUAAUAACGCAAGUUUCUAUUUGGAUGUACCCUGAGGCCUGCAGAACACUUGCAAUACUGAUUCAGGAGAUGGAUACUAAUCAUCAACUGCCCAUUGUUCGAGGUAUUGAGAGAAACAGGAACCAUUUCACGUUCCCCUCUGUUUUGAGGUUCCUUUUCGGUAGGACUUGAAAAAUUAAAUGGAUGGAUAAUUUGGGUGGAAACAAAUGAUGCCUGCUCAGUUCCUCCAACCAAGGGACAUCCAAUAUGCUAGAAGAGGGUUUGAUCUGUGGCUUCAAUGAACUUGGUUAGCAAGGGAUGCUUAGAAGCAUUUAAUUGCUGAUUGCAUUUUGUAAAGGGAUCCUAGUGCUCUUCUCAUAUCUUGGCAUGUCAAGUCGUUCAGCUAACCUUGCUGGGGCCUUUUCUUUUUGAUUGGGUAGCUUCUUUGUGCCAACCCAACUUGCAACUUUGGUUCCAUUGUAGAUUUUUUUUUUUUUUUUAAUUUCCUUCUGGAAUCUAGAAUCUCUAAUGUUCUUUAUGUCUUUGUUGUAAUGGGUCUUAGACUUUGAAAUCCUGUAACAAAACAUAACUAGGUCUCUAAAUGCGCUGAGUAUUUGAUCCAAUUUGAAUACUUAGUGUCAUUAUCAUUGAAUUAAGGGGUCUAUCAUUGAAUUGGUGUCAUUAUCUUCAAAAUUCUGUGGGUGGUCCAGUCUUGUGGCGUAGUGUUUGGGUCUAUUGUUCAGAUUAAACAUUUCGUUUAAUCUGGCAAAUUUUCUGUAUGCCAUGAUGUAUAGGGGCUUUGUUAUUCCUGCAACACGGUUUGUAAGUUAUUCCUUUAGUAAUAUAUUUCAUUUAUUUGCUAAAACAAAAUUCUAGUAGGCCUUUGAUUGUAGCCAUAUGGUUUUUACGGUUUGUUGCUUGAAAAUGGAUGCAGUUUAUUAUUAUUAUCAUGAGAGAAACCUGUACUGGACAGGAAAAAGAACUUAUUGAAAAGCAUAAUCUCUGGCUUAAUGAAGAGUUAACGACCAAAGUUAACAGCCUCAUUGAACUUCGCCGAACACAUACUGAAUUCGAGGCAGAUAUGUCUGCUAAGCUUGCUAAUGUUGAGAAAAAAUUUAAAGAUUGUUCAAUCUGUCUAAAGUUGCAUAAAAAGAGAGUUAGGGAACUUGAAAGGAAAUUGACAUCUUUGCAGGAGGAGUUAUGCUCCACCAAAGAUGCUGCUGCUGCUAAUGAAGAGCGCUACUCUGCUGAAAAAUCAACUUGCCACUUGCGACAUCAGAUGGCCAAUCUGGUGCAGGAAUAAGCACAGAAACAGCUGAAUGGGCAAUGCAAGACACAUUUGAGUCAAGUCGACAAUGAUUACAAAGAGAAACUUGAAGCAUCUGCCAGAAAAGACUUUGAAAAGGUCUGGUAUUUUGUUGUUUUGUUCAUGUAAAUAAAUAUUUAAUGGUGCAUUUGGAAGCAUGCUUAAACUAUGUUCCUGAACAUUUGGGGGCCACCACCUUUGGAUAAGUAUGGCAUUUGGAAAGCUUAGAAAGAGUAAUCCACAUUAUGGUUGCUAUCUUUUUCUGGUUGAUAUUGGUAUUCGGUAUUCCAUUCAUUCCUGUAGGACAUGAAAUGGUCUUUUCUUCA